AACCAAUCAGACUAGUUUUUUUGUGAAAAUCUCCCUUUCCUAACAAAAUGAAGAAACCUAGUUGGUCAUUUCGAUAGUUGCUAGGGUGGCCUUUAAAGUCAUUCUUAAUGACACCUACAAAUGACUGGUAAUCUGAUAUACCACAUAUAAGUGCUUAUUUAAACUGUUCUGAAUGUAAAUCGUCUUCUUUUUAAAAUAGGAAUUCAGUGUAACAAAACUGCGGUAGUUCAUAGUUGUGUACUUUACUACACGAGUGUAACAUCUGCUCCCUUUCAAAUAGUAAGUCUAUUAAAAUGUCAGUAUGCGAAUAAAAUUCGGUGAACUACAUGAAACAAAAAGGAUGUCAUGAGAAUACGUCAUCUGCUCGAAAAUUGUUGCCAGUCCUCUGUAGUGAGAUUUGGUGAUUCAGAAGGGUUGAAAUUCCUGCUAGUACCAUAAAAUCUUGAUCGAUGGGAUAUUUAUUGAUAUUUGAAUCACCAAUUAUUACGAAUGAAUGUUUAUUGAACUUGUUUUACACAGCUUGACUAUACAUGAGUAUUUUUUCUUUUCAACUUCAAUCACCAUCCCAUUUCUUCAGAUCGGUCUGCUAGCCUAAGACCAUCUGAAAUAAUCAUAUCAAUGAUGAUUAUAUUAGCCUCUUAUUCUGUCACAUUAUAUUUGUUUACUAGGGACUGUGAGGUCGAUCUUUUUUUCUGAUAUGUAGAUUUCACUCUAAUGUACCAUCUACCUAGUUAUUUUGGGCUAUUGAGUCGUUAUUAUUGGUAAAAUAGCUUUUAAAACAAAGAUAUAUAUAUAGAUAAAUUAGGCUUAGAUACAGAAAGCCAUUUAUAAUCGGAUGUGAAAAUACUGUUACGAUACGUCUUUUUUACUCUCAGAAAUGCAUAUGAAUAUGUUAAGCCAUCAUAGCAAGUUAGCAAGAUAGAUAAUAAAUAAUUUUUUAGUAUCUAAGUGAGAACAAACCUCGCCUGGUUAACUAGUUUACUAGUUACUAGCCGGUCCUAAGCCCGGGUAAAGAGGGAAGGUUGGGCAUAGGGCUAGCAACCCUACCCCGUAAAACAAAUCUAACCGCUAAAGAAACUUCAAAGCACAAACAAAAUAUAAAAAAUGAAAACAAACUUAUUCCCCGCUGGAAUCGGAGAGGCGAAAUGACGCCAGUUGGUGAAAGCCUUCGGGAAGCCAAUUGGCCGAUGUGUCUUCUCUCGAUGAAAGCGAAAGUAAACGUGGGGACAUGGAAUGUCCGUACGAUGUUUGAACCCAGUAAGGCAGCCCAGAUUGCAAAGGAGAUGAGAAGGUAUAACAUAGAAGUGCUUGGAAUUUGCGAAAGCAGAUGGAAUGGGAGUGGACUCUCCAAACUGUCAACUGGAGAAUCAAUAAUCUACUCCGGUCACCCAGACGCCAACCACGAGCACACUGAGGGAGUGGCUAUCAUGAUGUCCUCAAGAGCAUCGAAGGCUCUCAUGCAGUGGGAACCAAUCUCCUCCAGGAUCAUGACAGCAAGAUUCAACUCAAAAGGAAGGAAGGUCACAAUCAUACAAUGUUAUGCACCUACAAAUAAUGCAGAGCAAGAGAAAAAGGAGGAAUUCUACAGACAACUUCAAUCAACACUGGACAAGACGUCAGUUGGCGAUAUCAAAAUUCUAAUGGGCGACAUGAAUGCCAAACUGGGAGGUGACAACACAGGAAGAGAACUAACCAUGGGUCGAGAGGCGCUAGGUGAAAUGAAUGAGAAUGGAGAAUUGUUUGCAGAAUUCUGUGCAUUCAACGAUUUGGUGAUUGGAGGCAGUGUGUUCAGGCACAAGGAUAUCCACAAAGCGACAUGGACUUCACCAGAUGGACACACUAAAAAUCAAAUCGACUUUAUCUCAAUCUCAAGAAAAUGGAGACGCAGUCUACUUAACACAAGGUCAAGAAGAGGAGCAGAUGUAGGUUCAGACCACUAUCUAGUGCAAGGAACCUUCCAAAUCAAGUUAAAAGCCUUCAAGGAAGCUGGUGAUAGACCUCAAUUCAAGUACAACACUAGGAAACUGAAGGAUGAAACUACAAAGGAGAUCUUCAAGGCAGCCAUCAAGACAAAAUGGGAGACAUCGAGGGACAUCCCUGAAGAAACCUGUGUGGAAGAACAUUGGAAGUCUUUGAAAGCUAUGUGGAAAGAAACCUGCACAACAGUAUUAGGAAGGAAGAAGAAAGAAGACAAGGAAUGGAUCUCGACGGAUACCUGGAAGCUGAUAGAGGAGAGGAGGAUGGUGAAGCAGAAGAUAAACCAGUGCAAGGAUGCUCAACGACAAGAGGAACUGAGUACAAUGUAUAAAACACUGGACAAAGAAGUGAAGAAGAGUGCACGCAAAGACAAAAGACACUUCUACGAAACACUGGCAAGUGAAGCAGAACAGGCUGCAGGUAAGAGAGACCUGACGACAUUGUAUCAAAUAACCAGGUUGCUAUCAGGGAAGAGACCAACACAGAUGAAACCAAUAAAAGAUGAUGAAGGGAAUUUAAUUACAAAAGAAGAGAAACAGAGGAAACGAUGGGCCGACCACUUCAAGAAGCUCUUGAAUCGACCACCACCUGCACUUCGUCCAGAAAUACCACCUGCAGCCGCUGAAUUACAAGUGAACAUAAAUCCCCCAACGAAAAUGGAAGUCCUGAACGCCAUAAAGCUACUGAAAUGCGGGAAAGCAGCAGGACCAGAUGGGAUACCGCCAGAAGCACUGAGAACAGAUGCAGAGACAACAGCGGACAUGCUCACACCACUAUUGCAGAAGGUGUGGAAGGAAGAGAAGGUACCGGACGAUUGGAAGAAGGGUUACCUUGUCAAACUGCCGAAGAAGGGAGACCUCAGUGCUUGCAAGAACUGGCGCGGAAUCACUCUCCUGUCCACCCCAAGUAAAAUAUUAAGCCGCAUCAUCCUGGAGAGGCUUAAAGACGCACUGGAUUCAAAACUGCGACCGGAACAGGCAGGCUUCAGGAAGUACAAAUCAUGUGCUGACCAAAUUGCAACACUUCGUAUCAUCAUAGAACAGAGCGUAGAAUGGCAAUCAGCUCUCUACCUCAACUUCAUCGACUUUGAGAAGGCCUUUGACAGCGUCGACCGAGAAGUAAUUUGGAAACUGCUUCAAUACUACGGAGUACCGCAAACCUUUAUCCGCCUCAUUCAACAACUAUAUGAAGAUGCCACUUGCCAAGUAAUCCACAAUGGGAAGCUCAGUGAUGCCUUUGAAGUGAAGACAGGAGUGAAACAAGGUUGCCUACUAUCCCCCAUGAUAUUCCUUAUUGUGGUGGACUGGAUCAUGCAGCAAACAGUAGGCAGCGAGAAGAGGGGGAUACACUGGACGACGGAAAAGAACCUAGAAGACUUGGAUUUCGCCGAUGACUUAUGCCUAAUGUCACAUAAACUUGAAGAUCUGCAGGCAAAAACUAACAAGUUGACAGAAGAGGCAGCCAAGACGGGACUUCAGGUGAAUAUAGAGAAGACAGAAGUGAUGAAGAUACCGCACCACCACCAUCAACAACAACAACAAACUCCAAUCACCGUCAACGGGAGAAACUUAAAGGAAGUAACCUCCUUCACUUAUCUAGGAAGCAUUGUUUCAACUACAGGCGGGACGGACGAGGACGUCAAAGUCAGAAUCGGAAAAGCAAGACAGGCGUUCAUUAGCCUGAAACCAGUGUGGAGAUCUUCUGCACUCAGCAUCUGGAACAAGAUACGGAUUUUCAACACCAACGUCAAGUCAGUGCUCUUGUAUGGCUCAGAGACUUGGCGCGUCACGAAAGGGAUUUCCAAUAAACUACAGACAUUCAUCAACAACUGCUUACGCUCGCUGCUGAAGAUCAGAUGGCCAGAAAAAAUAAGCAACAAGGAACUCUGGGAACGAACCAACCAAGAAGCUAUCACGCAACAAAUAUGCAGGAGGAAGUGGAGAUGGAUUGGGCAUGCACUGAGAAGGCCGACUGAGGACAUCACGCGUCAGGCCCUCGAGUGGAAUCCCCAUGGGAAGCGACGAGUUGGACGUCCGAGGGUGACAUGGAGGAGGUCAUGCGAGGAGGAAAUGAGAGCUUCUGGGCUGUCGUGGAACCAGGUUCAAAAGAUCUCAGAGAACAGAGGUCACUGGAGGCGUGCUACUGAAGCCCUAUGUUCCACUAGGAACCCAAGGGACUAAUAAUAAUAAUAAUAAUAAGUGAGAACAACAGAAUAUUUAUAUAACAGAAGUACCUAACUAAAGUUAAAAAGCCAGAUCUGAUGAACUUGUAAAUUAUAGUAGAAAUUCUCAGAUGAAAACCCUACACGACUGGAUAUGCAUACCAUAAUGUAAUGCAAGGAAAGAUACAAACAUAUUGCAGCCUAAGGUAAAGAAUAAUUGGUAGCUUGCUAACGGUAACAUAUUUUGACAGGUCAUGUGGUUUACAGUUUCAGAAUACUGAUUUCACUUUGUAAACCGAUAUUUGAUCUGCAAGCGUCAACAUGCUUUGGAAUAUCUUGUUAUAAUAUGAUACAGUUCACUUAGCUCGACAAUAUGUUUAAGGUAGACGGAACUUGCAAUGAAUAGUCAGACCUUAUGCAGGUAUAUUGUUUAAAGUAGUAGUUUUAAAUGACUGUAUUCCUUCGGUCCGUUACUGAUGUGGGUAACAGUGGUCUCACAAUUGCGAAUAUUCAAGUACAGAGCUGUCAUAAGGAAUAUAGGUUAUUUUAGUUUGUCGAGAUAUACAACAUUGAAUGUAAUGACUUCUUUACCUUUAGAAACGUAGGAAUACUUAGUGUCACGAGUAGGGACAAGUCAUUUAACCUUUGCGAUUUAGCGGAAUGUUGUUAGUAACGGGAUGUAUAAUAAUAAUAAUAUGCAUCUGUCUGUAAAACAUCCUUUCCUGUGCUUUACAGAAUAACAGUAGCCAUUUUCCCCUCCCAUCUGUAGUAAAUCUAGUUUUUCUUUGUGCCAUCUGUAUGGUUAUUUUCGAUCCUGCUCUUGUUUUGGAAUAAAACUAAGAUUGCCAAUUUCCGUAAUUUAAUUAAGUAAGUUUUUAUUUGUAUUUCAUCUUUGUCACUGUGAUAUUUCUCACUUGUUUAUGCCAGUUUCUUUUGACUUUACUCAGUACCUUUGUCCACAGCUUCGUUGUAACUGAGAGUAGGCUAUUUAUUCCUAAUUUUCUGUUACCAGAUCUGCUGCUUUUGUGUCGGAAGCCUGAUUCCUACAUGAUGAAACUGUGCCCACGAAUUGUCAGAUUUCACCAACACUUUCGCUAUUUUUGAAUACCUUUGUAAUAAACCAGAGAAACCGCAAUUACCCAUAUGCAGUUCAAGUGGCAUUGACUGGUUAUUGAUUAUCAUCUGCACAUUUCAUUAUUGAAUAGGUUGGUAUAUGUGAUUGACUCCAACGCAUUUUGUCAUCGGUGGUACCUAAAUUAAAUACUGAUCAAAGAAGUACUCAUAAGUAUGCAUAAGAAAAGUAGACAUUUGGGCAAUUGAAAUGCUCUAAACAACCAUGUCUAUGUUUGUGCAUUAGGUGAUACGCUAAACCUAUUGUGUGAGAUCCAAUGAUACUCUCUGUUUCGCCAAAUAUCAAUAGAUGGACUGGAUUCACAUCUGUAGCCCAACGAUUUAAAGUUGAAUAUCGAGACGAAUGAGCCACAUCUAGGUUAUUCAACAGAAGUACUUCUAACUAUGAAAAUUUAAGUGCAGACUAGAGUACAUGGAUUCCAGUUAUCUAAGUGACGGGUAGUUAGUUGAAUUUCUUUAAGGUAAGGAUGAACAUCCAUUUAGAGGUAGCCAUUUUACUAGAUGUAUGCUUCUCAUCAACCAAUUUAGAGGUCAGUUGCUAGUUUUGAAUUUACAUGUUUUUGACAAUCUCUACCGAAAAAAAUAUCCGUUUUCUGGUUAGUGUCACAAAAUAUGAUUAUUUAUAAUUCUAUACAUCACACAGAAAUGAAGGAAAAGUAAUUUCUCAGAAAGGAAUCCAUCGACUGUUCAUAUAUUCUAUUGUAUUUCCAAAUGAACCUUAACAUCUGGUAACUACUAAAGUUGUAUCGCUUAAAGAAGCGCAACACUAAUUUUAUUCGCGAAAAAAUUGCGCAUUGUAGACAUAAUCAAUUUACUAUAAGUAUAUUUGUAAUGAAUAUUUACACAUAAUGGUGUUAUUUAGUUUUGAUAAUAUUUCGAGCGAAAUUACUAAACAAAUAAUUCCAAAAUUUGGUGUGAUCACGGAUGGUAAUGCUUAUCCUGAAAUUGUAAAUCAGAAAAAAGCGUUUUUAACCACUUCUGAAGCAUUUGCAUUACAGUAGGGAUACCAAACAAACUACUUAUAAAGUUUAAUCCAUAGAAGACUGUUUAUUGUCAUCUCUGUUUCAGUUAGUCCAUCGAUUUCUGGAUAAUUUUAGGUCUUGCCUCAAGUUGAUUCCCUAUUAUACUCUUUGGUUGUAAUUACUGAAGAAAGAAAGGAAAAGCGUAUUUGAACACAUUUCAGUGAAGCUAAGUUGAUUGUAUUCUACCUAAUAUUACAAAAUAUUCAGAAACUCAGCAGCUUUUUCAACCAUAUUGUACACAUUUAAAUACUAAUUCUUAAAUUUGGUCUGUCUUCUAAAAAUGUUAUUGGCAACUCUGAAGUGGGAGAUCAAGAAAACAGUUGUUGAAUGUUUGCAGGAUUUAAGUGACACUGUUAUCUGCAAGUAAAUUUAUCAAACACUAAUGCAUACUAGACUUGUAAAAUCGGUCAUUGAAGCAAUUAGAAGUUGGAUGGUGUUUAGUCCGUUGAACCCAAGCUCUUGGUUCUGACCUUUUCUACACUCUAAAGACGUGCAGUUCAUCUCCAUCUGCAAAAUGAAUGUCAAAUCAGGAGCAUCAAAAUGAGCAAUUCAUUUCGCAUAUGAAUGAACAAAUGUACAGUUUAAGUGUUACUUAAUGUCAACAAUGACUGACACUAUUCCUUGUGAAGGUUUUUAUUGUCAACGUCAGCGUCAAAAUAAAGAAUAUUCUAAAUUGAUUUGGGCAUCAUUUCGACAUGCUAUCAUCUUUAGUGGUUGACAGAAUCUAAUUUUUAGAGAUUGGUUAUCAGAAUAAAACCAAAUUACACUUAGUUUAUUGAAUGCAGUAUAAGUGACAGCAUUCAUUUAUUGGUACUGGAACAGAGCAGUUCUAAUUUCGCAAGAUGUAUGUAUAAACAUACGUUGCUUCGUGGAAAGAAAAUCAGUGGAAUCACGUACGUUCUCAGUUCAUGGCAUGAAAUUAUACUUUGAAUUGACCCUUAGAUUAAUUCCUACCUCUAAACAUCUUUAACCCGAUAUCCUGGUAUGAAUGAAGGCUUUUAGUCGAAUGCUGACAGUGACAACCAGUGUGACUAUAAGCUAACCCCAAAUCAAAUUUGGCUGAACCGAGGCCCGAUU